AUGUCGGCUGUGCCUAGAGCUUCUGGGUGGAAACGACUUCCAUGUGAUGUCUUUGUUACGAUCCUAGCCUUUUGUGAUUUGAAGGAUAUUGGUGCUUUGUCUCUUUCCUGUCGAGCACUCCACGACCGGGUUUCCAAGUUGGAUCUCGCCAUAGCAUGGGCAUAUGUUCAACUCCGAAAGCAGCGUCAUCAAAGCCAUUGCAUUGAUGGCGACAUGUCCCCCGGUGAUGAUAUUGCCUUCGUCUCCGAGUUAUUUCCUCCCCCGCCUCCUGAGUAUAGCACAGGCAUGGCCCACGACAACGCAGGGUAUUCUCUGGGAUAUCUCGGCGAUUUAAAACGAUGUUGGAAUACUUGCAUUCGACUCUCCUAUCACUUGGCUGAUCAUGUGGUUGAACAUCAUCUGGAGACCGAUUUAAUUGCCCGGCCUUUGUGGUCCUCCUCCAAGACAGAGAAGGAAGUUAUCUACAGUAAAGCCGUGGCUUCGCUCCAAGCCAAGCUUUUGCAUCCGAUGUAUGGCCCCAUCAUAUUAUUUCACUUGGAAGCGUACUUACUCGGAUAUAGAGCCUAUGCGGUAUUCUUCUUGGAAUCAGCCGCAUCUUCUGGCUCUGACUGUGGUCACUCGGCUCACCACUACAAAAAUAUGGCUUGUUCUAUUGAAAGACAGCAAUCAAUUCUUCGAAAUGCGCCUUUUGACGAUACACUUGUAUUUUUGUCGACCCACCACUGCAUGCAGCUUCUAUUUUCAACUGUGCAACGGUUGAUGGGCCCAGAAAUUCCCCGCUCCUCGGCCGAAAGCUGGUUGAGUAUCCUUCUCACCACUUCAACCAUGGAGAGAAUCGUCGACUUCUUUGUUUCCAUUGCAAAGGAUGACCGAAGAAAGGAAAAGGGCGAGCAUGAGUCUACGUGGUCUCAUAGAAAGGAGUUUUUGUGGGCGAUGCGAAAGGAUUUGAACGAGUACAUGGCGUCUUUCGAUGACCAUGGUGAACACACACUCCUUGAGCCAACCCUUAACCAUGUAUGGUUCCAAGCAGCACGCAAUGAGAUGGAUCGACGAGGGGCUAUUCCGCAUACUGUUAAGUAUUCUGAAGUGCACGUUCUCCACGGAUCUGUUGUGAAAUUAGAAUGUGGAUACUGCUAUGAUUGUUAUGACGAAUGA